AUGGAGGAUGAAGAAGGUGACACUUCCUGCCCAACGAACAGCAGUCCACCUUUCCAUAAGAACGAAAGCCACGGCCACGUCUACAGAGGGAACUACACCUUCUCCUCCUAUUACCAGCAUUCCUCUCCAGUGGCCGCCAUGUUCAUCAUUGCCUACCUCUUUAUCUUCUUCAUGUGCAUGAUCGGCAACAUGCUGGUGUGCUUCAUUGUGCUGAAGAACCGGCAGAUGCGAACUGUCACCAACGUUUUUAUCCUCAACUUGGCCAUCAGUGAUGUCUUGGUGGGAAUCUUCUGCAUGCCAACCACCCUGGUAGACAACCUGAUUACAGGCUGGCCGUUCAACGUUUUCAUGUGUAAGAUGAGUGGGCUGGUUCAAGGCAUGUCCGUCUCUGCAUCUGUGUUCACACUGGUGGCCAUUGCAGUCGAAAGGUUUCGUUGUAUAGUGUACCCAUUCAGACAGAAAUUAAGCCUGCGGAAAGCUCUGGUCACCAUUGCUAUCAUCUGGGUCUUAGCCUUAAUCAUUAUGUGUCCCUCUGCAGUCACCUUGACUGUCACCAGAGAUGAAUACCACUUCAUGCUAGACGGCUACAACAAUUCCUACCCGCUCUACUCCUGCUGGGAGGCCUGGCCGGACAAAGAGAUGCGCAAAAUCUACACCACCAUUCUUUUUUCUCACAUUUACCUUGCCCCUCUCACCUCGAUUGUGAUCAUGUACACCCGGAUUGCCUUCAAACUCUUCAAAUCAUCUGCACCCAUACGUGGCUCCCAGUUGGAGGAGCAUGAAGGGCGGAGGGUGUCCAGGAGGAAAAUCAAAGUGAUCAAUAUGCUGAUCAUUGUGGCACUGUUUUUCACGCUCUCGUGGUUGCCCUUGUGGACAUUAAUGCUGCUGACGGACUACGGGAGCCUCACUGAGUAUCAGCUCAACCUCAUCACAGUUUAUUUCUUCCCAUUUGCCCAUUGGCUGGCUUUCUUCAACAGCAGCAUUAACCCAAUUGUCUAUGGAUACUUCAAUGAGAACUUCCGGAGAGGCUUCCAAGAGGCCUUCAAAGUCCAGCUCUGUUCCAUGGAAAGGGAACACAAUGACACCUAUUCCAAUCAGAACAACAGUGGAUUCCUGUUUGGGGCACGCAAUCGAAUUUUUGUGGAAGUUCAUGGUAGUGACUCAGCACAGCCCUCUGAAUCUGGCCAAAGCAGCCUUUUGAAAACAGGACUGUUUCCUGUGAGGAAUGGACGGGUAGCUCACCAUGGCGUGAUGGUGGAGGAUUUGGAGAGUAAAAGUUGCUCUCCCAAUAUGGUCACUGCCCCAGCUUGGGAUAUCUAAGGAAAUCUGAGACUUGGCUAGAUAGCAUUACUUUAUUUUCUGAGCACGUGAACCAAACACAUUUCAAGUAAGCGUCACAAGACCAAGACAUCUAAGUGAAAGGAUAUGACAUUUGGGGAAAUUCCCUUUCUUCCAGUACCAGAUUUUGAUGCUUCAGUGCAGCACAAGCCAGUUUUUAGAAAGCAUUUCAGUUUAUAAAAGUAUAUUUCUCUGUUAAAUCCUCAUGUAUCUUCAGAAGAGACCUUGGAUGAGAUUUGGGGAACCGGAUAUGUGUUUCAAUGGGAAGCAUGGGUGGUUUGAAAGGACUCCAUUGCAGGAACUGGUCAACAGUCUCAUUGCUUGGAUGCUGCUGGCUUUGCUUCCUUGACGAUGCUGAUGCUGAUCACAGAAAGAUUGAGGAGAAAGGAGGAGAAAACUCUCCAUCCAGGAGGAUAAAACUCUUCAUAGUACACACAAAGAAAGGCAUCUAUGUCUGCACACCAAUCAUUUAGUUUACAUCAAGCCCUAAUGGCCCCAUAAACUAGCAUGGGAUUAUUCCAGGACGAUUCAGAAGUUACCAUUGCAUUGUGGCAACCACUUCCACACGAUCAGGUUCAUGCCACCCUGCCACCUCCGGCUUCUUUGAUCCCCCACCGGUCCUCCAUUCCGAUACUGGCCAUGUCUCCAAGCUUAAGUGAAAAGACUGGAUACCAUAUGCACAGCGCUGAUGCCAGGUUAGCCAUGGCACCUCGAAUCUGUCAUGCCCCAACAGUACCCACUCAGUAUAGGAACUGUGUGCGAUGGGUAGGUAACAUCGCUCUGUGGUUCCCAAAUGUGCAAAUGUAUAG